GGUGGUGAUUGCGAGUGUGGCAGUGGGCGUGGUGAUGUGGGCGCUGGAGUGGGCGUGUUGGUGGGCGUGCGGCGGGGAGGGCGCGGGGGACCCAAGCCGGCGUGGGCUGAGCGCCUCUCUGUUGACAGCCUGGCGGAUAUUGCUGGAGGAUCCCGAGCCUUCCAUGCCCUCCUACAUGACGGGCCAGAUGUUGGUGGGGUGGUGGUGGGUGUUCUGCAUGCUGCUCACCGCCGCCUACCGCUCGGCCCUCAUCGCCCACCUCUCCGUGCCUGACAAGUCCCCGGCCAUCAACACUCUGGAGGAGAUGCUGCGUCAGAAGGGCUGGACGUGGGGCAUGGAGGCCACCUAUGGGUCGGGGUGGCAGUGGUUCAAGGAGAGCUCCGUGCCCACUGUGAGGCAGGUGUACGCCAAGAUACAGGUGCUGGGGGCAGAGGAACACCUGGCGCGGGUGCUUGAGGGUCAUCACGCCUUCCUCACCUGGAAAUACUACAUACGUUCGCUAAUAGGGGCCCACUACACCAACCGCCUGGGCUACACGCCACUACACACCAGUCGGCAAGAGUAUAUUAACUAUGGUGGUUAUGGAUGGGGGUUUAGGAAGGGCGCGCCCAUCCGCCGCAGCAUUGACCUGGUGAAGCAGAGGCUGAUGGAGGCAGGAUUGGUAAAGCAUUGGAUGAACGACCUCAUCGCCACGGCCAGCAGAGCAGCCCGCGCCUUGAACACCUCCCGCGCUGCCCUGCCCACCACGCCCUCAGAGAGGAGAAUGUCUAAAGAAGAUUACAUCGCCCCAGGAGACAUCAGGAACACUCCAGGAAUGCCGUGUAGGACCACCUAUUCCAUGUUGUAGUGCUGGUAUAUGUAUGGAAAAGCGUGGAUGUGAUUAAAUGUAUGGAUUGCUGGUUUAUUUUUCUUUCUUUUCGCUGUGAUGGAGGUUGGUCAAGGGCGCUAAAAAGAAGGUGGGGGAAAGUGUGCUAAUUUGCUGCUCCUUCUCCAUCAA